CAGCAAACAUUAGCCCCCGACCCAUUUCCCGUAAAAGCAGCUGAUUUAUUCAGCGAUCGGUUGUGAAUAAAAGGCGCCGCAGUGGCAGAGAGAGAGCAGAGCAGCUGAAGGAACGUCAGGAUCACUGAGCUCUGGGACUCUCAGUCGAUUUGAUUUACAGAGUGUCAGUGAAGAAGAGCAGCUGAAGCCCCGCCCCUUGUUGUGCGGAGGCAGGUGAAGGCGAGAUAAGAAUCUAAGAGAUUGGGAGACAUCACAGGAAAUGGACACCCAAAUUGCAGAGACCACCCAGAGUCUCACCACCGCGGCAGAGAUGAGGAACACCACCCAGAUGUUGAUGCACCCCAAUGCAAACUGGGAGGAGUACCUGGCUCCUGCUCCUCUCUCCAUCGCCAUCAUCGGGGAGCUGGUCUUCAUCUCAUCAACGACUGAUUUCUCCAUCAACAAGAAUCCCCCAAAAGAUGGAUUCAAGUUCAUAAAGUACCCAGACUCCUUUAGGGCUAGUCUCAUGCAAAUCUGUAACUCAGCCUGGCAUGCAUUCAACUUAGCCCACAAGAACAUGGAUCAAAUUCGGAUUCAUACCUUCACAGUUCCAGAUUAUAUGAAAGCAGCAGUCAAGAUUCUGUUUCAAGGAAAUGAUGAAAUCCUUGAAACUCUCCUCCCAAACCAGCUGGAAAACAUCCGCAGCAUUGCAGACGAAUGUGUGGUGCUAGCAGAACGCGUUGAAAAGAAGUAUGCAGAUGUUAUUAAUAUAAUCCAGGAACUGCUGGAAGCCUGCAUCAAUGCUGAACACUUUCACGGAGAAGAGCUGAAGAAGGUCAGGAUGAAACUUGAGGAGAAUAAAUUGAAGGAACAGACUGCAAAGGAGCUAAAUGAACGAUCCAAGAAAGCAAUGGAGGCCAUGUCAAAGGAGCUGGAAGAGACACAAGAACAGUACAAGAAAUCUAUGGAUUCCAUACCAUCAGGGUGGGAGAUGAUUGGCAUGGAUUUAGUUGAAGGACUGACCUCUGCUGUGAGAAUAUUCAGUUUUGGUUUUUUUAAUUAUAAUAAAAGAGAGAAUUUUAGCUCAGAGACAAUCACUGGAAAUAAAGAUGACGAAAAAGAUUUGACUUCAGAAAUGAAAAUUUGGAGCAGGUCAGGACAAAUUCUGAAUCUCGCAUCAUCAUUCAGUCAGUUUAUAAGUGAAGAAGGAAUCGACUGGAAAGAGAUCUAUGAUCAGAAGAACAAGUGUGCAAAGACUACAUGGACGCAAGAUCAAUUCAAAAGAAUGUAUCAAGAGUUGGAGGAUCUUCCAAGAAGUAAACUAAGGGAAACUGCUCUGCGUCUCUGCCAAAGAGGGAUUGACAUCUGUGAACAGUUGGCAAUAUAUGCACCAGAUCAGGAAUGUGAUCAGAAAACGACACGCAAGCUGAUUAAAGACACAAAGAUGCUGUAUGACGAUGGCUUAAAGUUAGACUGUAAAAGCAAAAGAAUGUCUGGUUCUCCAGCUUUUAAACCCAAACCCCCAAUGAUGUGCAAAGCACAGGAGAACUCUGGAAGUCAGUCUGCCAGCCAGAGAGCGACAGAGAACGCUCGCUUUUGCAUCGAGCAAAGUCGAGAACAACUGAAGCAAACCCGAGAGUCAUAUGAGGAGGCUGUAAAGAACAUGGAGCAGAACCAAAGAGAACUGACUGAGAUCCUGAUUGAGAUGCAGAACUGCAAGAUCAAAGAGAUUGACUUUGACACCACCAUCAAAAUACUAGUCAAAGGGAUGGAUGCCAUGGGUAGAGUGAAGGAGCAGUGGGAGAAGAUGGUGCGCUUCUUCCAGAUGGUUGCCUCCAUUGUGAAAACCAGCCUUGGAACCACGCUGCACAAAUUUGUGAAAACAUCUGAAGACACAAAGAAAUUGUCCUACAACUCUAAGCUCUUUGCCAAAGACAUGCUGUACAACCAGGCUUUUGAAGCCUCCAACAUCGCCAGUCUGGUCCAUAUGAUUUCAGGGACCUACUGUGAAGUGUCCAACAAGUACCUGAUGGACAGAGUGAGCAGCUUGGGUAAGCUUAUGGCCAUGGACAAGGAGAAGCCAGAGUUCAUGCAAGAGAGAAUAAAGCUGCAGGAGUCCUGCCAAGAAGCUCAAGAUGGUAUCAUGCAUUUGGUCCUGAAGAACAAGAAAGAAUUUGAAAGGAAGACGGAUGCCAGGAUGGCCCAAAUUGAGGGAGAGUUUAAAGCCAUUCUGCCCCCUACUCCACCAACAGAGACACAAAGAAUCAAAGAGAUAGUUCAGACUGGGUUUGGAGAAGGAGAAGAAAAUUAUUACUGAAACAAUAGAAUUUCAUACCUAAAGACCUGCAGCCUUAGGGUUGUUUCCAACCACUGAGUGACAUUUGUUUUAGUUGUAAAUCACAGUUUGAGGAAUCCAAGAUCUUCAUGGAUCGGUUCUUCAAGGCAUGUCUCUUGAGGCAACCUUAGAUGAAAUGCAUUUCCUGUUGAUGCAUUUGCACUGAUUAAAUAAAGCUUGUCUAAAACAGU